GGCUGCGGACUGAACUGACCAGACGUGGCUUUUAGGAAGGCACACGCCUGGCGCUGCUCUAGCGGAUCUCUGGUACGAGCAGGAGGCUGGGGCUCGGUCCGGCGCAAACCCCCUCUAUUACCUGAAACCACCACCUUCCUCGUUACCAACCAGCCUGCAGGAGCGAUACCGAUACACCGGGAGACAUAAAUGGUGGAGGCCGUGGUGGAGUUCGACUAUGAGGCUCAGCAGGACGAUGAGUUGAGCCUGACGGUGGGUGACAUCAUCGUGAACAUACGGCGGGACGAUGGAGGAUGGUGGGAGGGAGAGCUGGGCGGACGCAGGGGGCUUUUCCCAGAUAACUUUGUCAGGGAGAUAAAGAAAGAAGGGAAGAGGGACGGAGGACAGGCGAGCAUGAUCAGAUCAGACCUGGCAAAUGGCAGGGCCAGCCCCGUGUCCGACCCCAGCGUACGGCCGGGAAGGAAAGGAGAGCAAAUCCGUAAGCGAAGGUGUAAAGCCGCUUUCAGCUACGUGCCUCAGCAUGAAGACGAACUAGAGUUGAAAAUAGGAGACAUCAUCGAGAUCAUAGCAGAGGUAGAGGAGGGCUGGUGGGAGGGGAUUCUUAAUGGGAAGACCGGAAUGUUUCCCUGCAACUUCACCAAAGAGAUCCUGACGGAGUCCGACUCGCCCUCUAUAGACACGCCCGCCUCGCAGGAGGAGCUCCGCGGCGGCCGCACAAGCAAGGACAGCCCGGGAAGUGAAAGUGAUGGAGGAGACAGUCGGUCUGAAACAGGGUCAGGAGAAAUCCAGCCCAAGAAGGUAAUCAAUCAGGUCCGAGGGUUUGGCUUUGGUGACAUCUUCAAAGACCAGCCCAUCAAGCUCAGACCUCGCUCCAUGGAAAUUGACUCAGAGGUGGACAAGGCCAAUGAGGGGAAAGCAGCAGGCGGUGCCCCGGAAACCAUGAAGACUGAACCUGACAGCAAAGCCAAAGGGCGGGAGCAGUGUAAAGUUCUCUUUCCGUACGAAGCACAAAAUGAAGACGAGCUGACGAUCAAAGAGGGGGAGAUCAUCAACAUUAUCACCAAGGACUGCGCCGAUGCAGGAUGGUGGAUGGGGGAGAUUGGGGGAAGGCAAGGCGUCUUUCCGGACAACUUUGUCAAGCUGCUAGAAGUUGAGAAAGAGAGGCCAAAGAAACCGCCGCCACCCAGUGCACCUUCAGCCAAACACACCACAGAGAAAAAGUCGGAGGCCAAGAAGGUUCCUCCUGAGCGGCCUGAGUAUCUUCCCCAGAGAGACCAAGAUCGAGGUGAAGAGGUGAAGGUCGCAGACAUCCCCAAGCCCUCCCUCCCAUCUCUCCUUCCCAAGAAACCCCUCCCCCCAAAGACAAGCUGCUCCUCUUCCUCCCAACCCCCGCGGCGCCCUGAGAGACCCCCCCCUCUAGCGUGUGAAAGCCCCAAGUCUGAGGGCAGGGCUUCGACACCAGAUUCUGCCCCUGACAGGUCACAUGACACCGAUGUGGACCUGGACGCCGUGGUUUCGUCGGCGGAGAAACUGAGCCACCCGACGGCGUCGCGGCCGAGAGUCACAGACCGCCGGCCUCGCUCACAGAUCAUCACACCUGCUUCCCUGUCCGGCACCGACCUGGACUCGCCCACGCUGGAGGACAGGAAGGAGAAGGAGAGAGGGAAGGAGGAGCCGGAGUCUCUUUCCACCAGAUCGGCGGACGUUUCCCUGAGAAAAGGAGUUCCCAACAUCUCCGCGCCCGACAGUAAAGCAUCACUUCCCACCAAGCCCUCUGUCCUGACCCCGCCAAACUCUGGCCAUCGCCCCGCCUCCCCGUCCUCAUCCUCGGGCCUGAGCCCCUCCCCCGAGCUCCGGCACUCGCCCCUGAGCCCCCAGACACUGGAGGAACUCAGGAGCCAGCUGAGAGACCUGAGGACCUCCAUAGAGCUGCUGAAGAGCCAGCACAGGCAGGAGAUGAAGCAGUUGGCCGGUGCGCUGGACGAGGAGAAGAAGAUUCGCGUUAGUUUACAGAUGGAAGUAGAGCACAUAAAGAAGAACCUGUCGAAAUAAAGACUACAGCAUCGGCGCACUCUGAUCACCACCUCGGAGGCCAUCCUUUGAAAACGUUUCCACCGUUGGCCGAGACACUUCGGCCACGACAAAGUUUGUGCCAAAUCGAUCAUCAUGGUCGCCAUCAGCAACGUUUCAGCACCAUGGAAUCAGCCACCUCCCCCCCCCCCCCUCCUGACGCCGCCUUAUCCUGUGUUUACUUUAUAUUUCUUUCAAAGAGGCUUCUCUGUUCAGUUUACCGCUAUCUUAUCGGAGCUCGCUAUGCCCCCGGUACGGAUAGGCCGCGGCCUGUCGCUGUGUGUUGCCACAACUGCAGAACGACUGGGCGGAGCCGCUGUUGCCGUGGCGACCCUCACUGGUACUUUUCGUUUGUGAGUGUGAAGGAAAAACUUGGGACUCGACCUCCGUAGCCCGGCUGGUUCAGACAACCUCUGUGCUGUUCUGUGUCCACUCUGCGGCCUUUGCAUCUUAUCUGUGUGUGUGUGUGUGUGUGUGUGUGUGUGUGUGUGUGUGCGUGUUUUAUUUUCCAUCCAUGUGAGGACUGUAGUUUCGGGCCUGCAAAGUGAGGUCAUUCUGGCCGGUCCUGAUUUCUCCAACAGGCUGGAUCAAGGUUUGGAUUUGGGGGCUAGGGUCAAAAGCCCCGACGCUGAGGCGCAUUAUUUAAAUUAAGAUUUCAUUUCCUGGACACACUGCGCUUGGUGCUUCUAUGUUACACUGCAGGCGGGUGAUUUCGAAGCAUCAGCCAUUAACAGCACUGGCGUGCGGACAUAUUUCCCAAUUCCUUUUUCUUCUUAGUGUCACGAUUUUUUUUUUAACUUGCAGUCAAAUAUUCCACCUCUUGGGAGGUUGAAACUACAAGCACAUCAGGACCCUUUCCCUCUAUCGGUUUAAUUAAAUCCAACCAACGUGGCAAGUUACUGAUACUGUAGGUUCUAUUUACAGGAAUAGUUUGACAUUCUGCGAUAUACACUUUUGCUGUCAUGAAGGGAGUUAGAUGAGAAGAAUGGUAUCCCUCUCUAUGCUAAAUAGGACAAAACUGGAAACAGGGAAACAGCUACGCUGUGCAAAAGUAACGAAAUCUGACUACUAGUUAACUUGUUGGAAAAUGUCAAUUUGUGGUUUUAUAGUGAGGACAAGUCACUGCUUUCGUCGGGGCAAAUUCCCCUUGUGAAGCCUCAAACUACCAUUUUUGCACGUUGGCGUUUGUAGCGCUGAAACUGAAGGAGAUAUGACGUGGCAUUUGCUGAGGGUCACAGGUGCGCGUAGGCUGAUUUUAUUACCUUUUCACAGAGUCCAGGCUGGCCAGGCGUCAAAUUUUAUCCUGUGAAGAGUACGUGUCACUACACGAACACACCUAUCUAUGAUAGUCACGAGUAUUAACUUCUGGACCAAAAAAAAAAACUUUACUUUAUCUUUUCUGCUUUUGCACUUUUGUACCGCGACUCAUAAAAAAAAAAGCUGUGCUGGUCGCAUCUCAUCCCAAAACCUAAGAACAGGAUCCACGCGCACCUGAUGUUUCUGGUGCCCUUUUUUUUUGCAGCAGGCGAAGGUUAAUGUUACGGGCGGGGGCUUAAGGAAUGUAGUAAGUGAAAAGUCCUCACAGGUAAAAGGACGAUAAAAAUGUGCGUUGUGUGUGUGCAUGUGCGUAUGUGUGGUAGCAUGUAUGUACGGCUGUUUGCCUCCUUUCCAUAUAUGUGCACAGAAUCUAUGGCAACCUGUCACUGUGGCCUUCCUGUUUGACUCCAAAUCUUUCUUUCUUUCUUUCCUUCUUUCUUUCUUCUUUCUUUCUUCUUUCUUUCUUUCUUUCUUUCUUUUUUUCGUAUGACAACGAGAAAACUGCUACAACUGAGGCUACAAGUUGUUUUCUUGACUUGGUCCUUUCUCUCCAGGAUAGUGAUAAAUAUAUAUACUUUUAUAUUUCAGUGUAAUAAAGAUGCUAUUAUGUACUGUA